AGCGGAUGCAGUCUGUAGUUAUUAGGUCAAUCAUUUGGAGAUGCUAUUUAAAGUUCAAGUCAGGUUGUAAUUAGCUAAUUUCAGUGGUGAUUUGAGAUUUUGGCGCGUAACCUAGCCCUUGUACUUACACAAUUUUCGUUCAUGUCGUAUAUAUUUACACACUUUUAUUAAAAAGAUAAAUAGACUUUGGCAUGUAUUUAGGCACAUUCGACGAGUAGUUGUGUCAGUCCUUUGUACCUACUUCUUGUGAGUAUGUCGGACAAAACUGCUACGGGGAAACUAAAGGGCCACAGCAAGAAUGGUUCACGUCGCCAAAAAGGCUCUGGCGGCCCUAUAGCGUCAAAAGAAGUGCCGAGCGAGCUAAAAGAAAAAGGGAUGAAUAAAGACGGAACGAAGCGAAAUCAGGGAUCAGGUCGUCAAAAGGGUGUGGAGGCAGUUAAAAAACGUGCUCAAGACCAAUCAAGCAUCAUGGAAUACCAGCCUUCAACCACACCGAGUGAACAAACUGUUUCCAUACGUUGCCCCGGAACAAUAGUAAAUGUAAGUGGAGGUACUAUGCUACGAAGGCAAUUGUUGAUGCUGUCACCAUCAAUACAACAGCAAGAUGAUCGGCUCACAUUAGUCAUAGAGUAG